AUGUAUUCGUCAUCAUUGACACCAAACAGUUCAAUUUAUUAUGAAGAUUGUUCAGAGUUAUAUUCGUAUUAUGAAGCAAUACAAAUGAACGUCACUAUAACUGGAUAUUAUAGUUUUCUAAUCAACAGCGACAUGAAAACCAUGGACGCUUUUAUCUACACGAAUAACUUCAAUCCAUUCGAUGUGUCCAAAAAUGUACUGAGCCAUGGUGAAGACUCUGAUAAUCAAGGUCAAUUUAAAAUCACAGCUGCUCUUCAAACCAAGAUGAUAUAUGUUGUUGUUAUAACAACAUCUUCUCGAAAUUCAACAGGGAUCUUUUCAAUUCAAGUAUUGGGCCCAAGUUACAUCAAUUUCAGUCGUAUUUUGAAUACGUCAUCAGUUGUUCAAACAGUUUAUACAUCAAAAUUGACAGCGAACAGUUCAAGAACUGGUCUUUACACUUUCUUCAGCAAAAGCAAUAUGGACACAUACGGUUCUAUUUACAAAGAUUAUUUCAAUCCAUCCAAUCCAUUUGAAAAUCGACUCUUAGCCAAUGCUUUCAGCUGCAAUCAACGUCAGUUUAGAUUCACAAUUGCUCUUGAAACUAGUGUCACAUACAUAUUGAUUGUGACCACCGUUUACGACCACGUGACAGGUGCAUUCUCGAUCUCUGCAUCCGGUCCAGAUAAUGUUGAUCUCAAGGAUAUUAGUUCUCCAUCAGUUACACGAAUACCAUAUUCAUUAGCUGUAGAAUCGAAACAUUUAUCAAAGUUGACUACGAAUAGUCAAACAUAUUCUCGAGAUUGUCGAAAAUCAGACUAUUACUAUCAAACUAUACGAAUGAACGUAGUGGAAACUGGAUACUAUGCUCUGAGCGGUUCUAGCAGUAUGGGUACAUUUGGUUAUAUUUACAAAGAUGAUUUCAAUCCAAUGAAUCCUUUCGAGAAUCUACUCUCACAGAAUUAUCGAAGUUGUAGUGAUCAAGAUUUCAUGUUCAUCGUUUAUCUUCACACUGGCACAAAAUAUAUUUUAGUGGUGACAACAUCUUCUCCAAAUACGACAGGAAACUUUUCCAUUCUAACAUCUGGUCCAAAUAAUAUCAUACUUGCUCCUUACAAGCAAAGUCUAACCAGUUGUUUCAUUGGUCAAAAAUGUCAGUUCUAUAAAAAAAACAUUGGUAUCACUCUCGAUGAUAUUUUACGUGAUGAAAUUCGACCGAACAUGACAUUCACCGAUCAAACAAUAUUGAUGAAAAUCAAUGCCGCUUUAACGAUGAUUAUGUUUAUUGGAGGUUUAAUCAAUAGUAUUUUGUCUCUAUUAACAUUUCAAAGUAAAGAUUUACGAAAAGUUGGAUGUGGGAUUUAUCUCUUCGCAUCAUCAAUUACUUCUAUUCUUACAAUCAGCAUGUUUGUAGUAAAGUUCUGGUUUGUCGUUCUCACUCAGAUGAAUCUAUCGAUUCGUCUUUCUGUUGUUCGAGGAGGCUGUGUAUCGAUCGAACCACUUCUCAAGCUUUGUCUAUAUGUGGAUGCUUGGCUCAAUGCUUGUGUAGCCAUUGAAAGAGCGAUUCUCGUUUUCAAAGGAGUUAACUUCAAUAAACAAAAAAGUCGACGCAUAGCUCGAUGGAUAAUUCUUAUCUUACCAUUCUGUAUCAUCGGUUCAAUCAUUCACGAACCUAUUCAUCGAGAAUUACGUGAAGUAAAUAAAGAGACAAACAAAGUGGAUAUCAACAGAUGGUGUUUAACUCAUUAUUCUCCUUCUCUUCAACAAUACAAUACAAUUAUCUUAUUUUUUCAUCUUAUUGGUCCAUGUAUUAUCAAUCUUGGUUCUGCUUUAUUCAUCAUAUUUGGAUCAGCUCAACAACGAUCAACAGCUCAGACAAGUCGAACUCCAAGAGAACAUAUUUAUAAUCAAUUUAGUGAACACAAACAAUUAUUAAUUAGUCCAAUUAUUCUUCUAAUUUUGUCCUUACCUCGUCUUAGUAUGUCAAUGUUAUCUGAAUGUAUCAAUCCAUCUAACCAUCGGCUAUUAUUUCUUUUUGGUUACUUUAUUUCAUUUACUCCAUCGAUGCUUAUCUUUAUUAUCUUUGUCCUUCCUUCAGCAUUGUACAGAAAAAAAUUUCAAGAAACAUUCAGACGACCGCGACGAUUAGUUCAUCCAUAA